UUUAAUUCCUUUAUAUAAGAAUGCAUAUAUAAGUUCUCUCUUCUCUUGCAUAUGUAUAAUUCUCUGGUCUCUCUCAUAUAAAAAUAAAUAAAAUAGAGAGAAGAGAAUGGAAGUUGAGUACAGUUGCUGCAACACUGAUUUCUUCAUUCGGAUUAUGAUUAUCAUUGUGCUAGUUUUGUUUGCUGGGCUAAUGUCUGGGCUCACUUUGGGCCUUAUGUCUAUGAGCCUUGUGGAUCUUGAAGUUCUUGCCAAGUCUGGCAAGCCUACUGAUCGUUUACAUGCUGCAAAGAUAUUACCAGUGGUGAAAAGACAGCAUCUAUUGCUUUGUACCCUAUUAAUUUGUAAUGCUUGUGCUAUGGAGGCACUUCCCAUUUUUCUUGAUAGCAUGGUAACCGCAUGGGGUGCUAUCCUUAUCUCAGUGACUUUGAUACUUUUAGUUGGAGAGAUUAUACCACAGGCUGUUUGUUCAAGAUAUGGUUUGGCAGUUGGUGCAGCAGUUGCUCCAUUUGUACGGCUUUUAGUUUGCGUAUGUUUUCCUCUUGCAUAUCCAAUAAGCAAGCUUUUAGACUUCUUGUUGGGGCAAGGACAUGAUGCCCUUUUUCGCCGGGCUGAACUGAAGACACUAGUUCAUUUUCAUGGAAAUGAGGCUGGAAAAGGUGGCGAACUGACUCGAGAUGAGACGACAAUAAUCGCAGGAGCACUUGAACUCUCUGACAAGGCAGCUAGUGAUGCAAUGACUCUAAUUUCAGAAACUUUUGCAAUUGAUGUGAAUGCCAAGUUGGACAGGAACUUGAUGAAAGUAAUUUUGGAGAAAGGGCAUAGCAGGGUGCCAAUUUACCAUGAACAACCAAGAAAUAUAAUUGGACUCAUAUUGGCAAAGAACUUAUUAACCAUCCAUCCAGAUGAUGAAGUUCCUGUAAAAAAGAUUGUUAUUCGUAAGAUUCCAAGAGUCCCAGAAACAAUGCCACUAUACGAGAUACUAAAUGAGUUUCAGAAAGGUCAUAGCCAUAUGGCUGUUGUCAUAAGACAGAAAAACGAUACAGAGAAGCCAUUUGCCACAAACCCAAAAGAGAUGAACACAGUAAGAGAUGUACGGUUGGACAUUCAUGGUGAAGGGCAACCCCAUGAAAGAAGUUUGAAGAGUGAUAAAUCACUCAAGAAGUUGAAAAGCUUAUCUAAAGAGACGAAACUAAGUAAAGGGUUUCCCAAGAGCAAGAAAUGGUCAAAGGAUUUCCAGUCUGACUUUCUACAUAUUGAUGAAGAACCACUUCCAAAUAUUAAUGAAGAAGGAGAAGCCAUAGGAAUUAUCACCUUAGAAGAUGUUAUUGAAGAGUUGUUACAGGAAGAGAUAUACGAUGAGACUGAUAAUCGCAAUGAGGCUCAUCAUUAAUUAAGCUGAUUAUUGUUAUAACUACAAUAACCAAAAAAAUAAAAAUAAAGAAACUCAUAAAACAGAGAAUGAAACAAAUAUUUGUGUUGUUUUGAAUGAAAAUGAAUAAAUAAAGUAUGUUAUUAAAAGUUUAUCAAAGAAA